AGUAGAGCGGCCCUUCCAGGGGAAACGUCUAAAAACUAGUAGUUUGACAUCCGGAGUUACUGAGAUCAGCCGGGCGGCGUGAAACACUGCACGUUUUCGUGGUUUUUUAUCGAUCAAGUGUUUGAGAAGAUGGAGCAGUGGCCGCUCUUGUUUGUCGUCGCCCUCUGCAUUCUUCAGUCCUCCAGUAAACCGAUGGAGAAGAAAGACCGCGUUCAUCACGACGCUCCUCUUAGUAACAAAGAUCACGAUGAUGAGGAGAACUUCGACUAUGACCACGAGGCUUUUCUGGGACAGGAGGAGGCCAAGACUUUUGACCAGCUCACGCCAGAGGAGAGCAAAGAGAGGCUUGGUAAGAUUGUAGAAAAGAUCGAUGAGGAUCACGAUGGUUUUGUGACUGCCGAUGAGAUGAAGCGGUGGAUCAAACACGCUCAGAGGCGCUGGAUUUAUGAGGAUGUGGACCGACAAUGGCAGGCCCACGAUCUCAACUCGGACUCUUACGUCUCCUGGGAGGAAUACAAGAACGCUACAUAUGGUUACAUACUUGAUGAAGCAGAUCCUGAGGACGGUUUUAACUACAGACAGAUGAUGACCAGAGAUGAGCGCCGUUUCAAGAUGGCCGACCUAGAUGGUGACCUGAGGGCCAAUAAGGAAGAGUUCACAGCGUUUCUUCACCCAGAGGAGUUUGACUAUAUGAAGGAUAUCGUAGUACUGGAGACCAUGGAGGACAUUGAUAAGAAUGGAGAUGGUUUGAUCGAUUUGAAUGAAUAUAUUGGCGACAUGUACAGUCAGAAUGGAGACUCGUCUGAACCGGAGUGGGUGAAAACCGAAAGAGAGCAGUUUACAGAAUUCAGGGAUAAGAACAAAGACGGCCGUAUGGAUAAAGAUGAGACCCGUGAUUGGAUCUUACCUGCUGAUUACGACCACGCAGAGGCUGAGGCCAAGCACCUGCUGUAUGAGUCUGAUGCAGACAAGGACGGCCGUCUCACAAAGCAGGAAAUUGUGGAUGAGUAUGACUUAUUUGUUGGGAGCCAAGCCACAGAUUUCGGAGAUGCUCUGGUCCGACAUGAUGAGUUUUAACUUUGGGAACUUUGCACUUGAAAAAAAUGCAAAAUGGACAAUAAUUUAUUUUAUCAUUUCAAGCAUACCACAAUGAAACUUUACUGUGUUUGCAAAACAUGUCUGUUCUUCAAAUCCAGCUUGAAUUGUUUUAUAUAUAUAAAUAUCCAGCUCAUCGUCUUGGAUUCUGAUGCGAUUUCAAAUGCACUGAUGAAAUAGUAUUCAGGUCAGCUUGUGAAGCUUUCGGAGAGGUUUGUCUAAUGGUUUAUAAUGCGCUAAAACGCCCCUGUGCAAUGCAGCAUAAUGGCAUAUGUGUAAACCGACCCAGCGAAGAGCAAUAACAUUAGCUAUAAGUGGAGAUCUUGGGCAUAAUAUGAACUAAGCGAUGUCCUUAUGUACACUACUUGUCUAUAAUAAUAUCAACCACUACAUGUACAGUUCAUGUUUUUCUGCAUUUACCAUAGUGAAAACCACAUAUAGUAUUAGACCUUAGUUAGAAAGUUGUAGAUUUGGUUCACCGGGAUCAGACUGUCAUGGCCUGAUCUAUUAUCAGCCUCGUUUUCUUUUAAUACUGAAGUCAUUAAAAGGGGUAGUUCACACAAAAAUGAACAUUGUCAUUAUUUACUCACCUGUUUGAGUUUCUUUUCCUCUGUUGAACACAAAUGAAGAUAUUUUGAAGAAUGUUGGAAAGCAGUAACCAUUGACUUCCAUUAGUUUUUUCUUUAUGGAUGACAA